AUGAGCAUGACCAUGCGAGCCGCCUCUUUGCGGUUGGCGAUGCGCUCCGCACCCCGCAUGCGCCCCGCCGCAACUCUCGUUCGCCCGACAGCUCUUGGAAGUCGACCCCAGACGGCCGUGCCGUCAUCGCUGCUCCUCCGCCAGGCUGCUGCGAACUAUGCCACUGACGCAAAGUCAGGACAGUCUGGACAACAACAGGCGCCGCCGCAGGCCCCUCCGCCUCCGAGUCAGGGUGACGGGAAGAAGUUUGGCAUGAAGAACUCGACCCUGUUCACACUUGCAAGCGGCGGAGCAUUAGCUGACAGCAGACUUGAGUGGUGGUACGCUCUCCAGAUCUGGCCGCAGUCAGUCCGUGACCCGCUGAAGAAGGCCCUCAAGGCGCGCAACAAGGGCGACUACGAGAGCUCGAACCAGUACUUCAACGAGGCGCUGCAGGCGUGCUAUGCGCUGUACCCCGGCGACCUGGACCCCGACCCGCUCCUCAAGGUGUCGGGCAUCUACAUUACGCAGGCUGCCAUGCUCGAGGAGGCUGGCUACCCCCUCCGCGCCUACGUGCAGCUGUACAAGGCUCUACGUCUGUUCGGCCCGCGGCCGCUCGCUGCCGUUCCCCCGCCCACGGGAGGAUGGGCUGGCAACCACGCCCUGUCUCCGGCCGAGAUCCAUCGCGCGAUCGGCCUGUCGCAGAAGCUCGGCUCCCUCGCUGCCGGUUUCGGCGCCAUGAAGAACCCGCCCGCCUAUCCCUCCCAGGCGACGAAGGAGGUCGACGAAGCGAUCGGCGCCCCCACCGACUCAGACAAAGAGGCCGACGCGGUCCGCAAGCCUGAGGACUGGAACAAGGCUGCCGAGCACUUCCUUUCUGGCGCGCUGGCAUCUAUGCUCCGCAUCGGUCUUGGCGAGACGGCGGCUUAUGACGGAGACCGUGGCGAGGCGAUUGAGCAGAAGGGCCAGUUCACCGCCAAGCGUCCCGUCGUCGCUGGCCGCGACGUCAAGCUGCCUCACGACGAGUCGGAGGAGAUCCAGUAUGGCGGCAAGGUCAUGACGAACAUCUCGGCUUACGCCACCGAGCCCCGUGCCACGGAUCCCGCCGGCAAGCAGAAGCAGGUGGACAUCUCCAAGUCCUGGUCUCAGCGCGCGCUCAAGGUCGUCGACGACGUCAAGCAGAAGGAGGGCUGGAAGGACGGCGCCCCACGCGACGACACGCAGGCCUUGUGUGCCCGCGCCAAGAGCGUUGCGCAGUACAACCUCGGCAUGCUUGCCGAGAUGAUGGACGACGCCGACACGGCGUCAACGUACUUUGCCGACGCGGCCGAGACGGCCCGCAUGAUCGGCUUCAACGAGGGACACCGCCAGGCGCGCCGCGCGCACCGCCGCGUCAAGGACUUGCUCCUGCCCCCGCCUGAUGUCGACGAUGUGGUUGUCGACUCGGGCCUGCCGCCCAGCGACGCCGAGGUCAUGAGCGCCUAA